AGCCAUUUUGGCUCAAGUUGGCGCAAUCCCGGCCCUUCAGAGGAGCAUUACACAUGAUAUCGUCUAGCCAUCCAGAUUUUCUACAUCCAGGAGGUUUCCCAGGAUAUCAGGUGUCAGGGACAGAGCUGUCCUGGAACUACCUUGCGGCGCCCCACAGAGGCGCGGAGCGCGCUUCAUGUGACAGGUUGCGGCCAACCUAUCUGGUGGGCGGCCGCGCUGCUCCGCUGUCUAGCUUGGCGCCAGGCCCGCUGGACGGCGGCGCGCCGUGGGUGCCGGACCAUCUGCAGCAGGACGCGGCCGCGCACGGCGACGCGCCCACAGGCCGUCAGCUGCGGGCUGGAGGCAAGCCUGACGCCCUGCACGCCCCGUCCGAGGAGUGGAUCACAUACCAGGGCCGCGCCUCACACUUGCAGAUCGGCGCCAACGUUCCACUGCAGGUGGAGAUGUGGCUCGAGGGCGGAGUCACGCAGGGCUUAUGGUGCAUGUUGGGGGUGUACGGCGACGUCUGCGAGGAGGGGAUCAUUAGGGAUGUCAAGGCAUUUGCGCUGCGCUCCGACCAGGGCAUCCACAUGCGCUUCUGCGGGAGCGAAGGUGCGGACGGCCUGUGGUCGGGUGGGCUGGUCUACAACCAGGAGCAGGGUGGUUCGUUCCAGCUCUGGCGCUGCGCUGCCGUUCGGCGCCAGCAAACCAUCCUUGCUAUCCGCGGUGCCAGGUGCACCGCCGGUCCGCAACGGCAGGUAUCCUUGUCCAACUCGAGCUGCGAGUCUCAUGCAAUCGCGGUCAAGGGCGGCGCUCGUCCAACAGAGGGGACGAAGGAAGUAAUUAGCUCCAUCCCGCAGCUGAUCGAGGCAAUUGCUUCCGUUUUGGAACUCUAUCCCAGAGGGCUGUACUUUGCCAAGCUGAAGAGCACGGUUCACAACCACACUGGCCUGUGGGUCAGCGAGGCGUUCUUGGGCUACAGGAAGUUAAUCCACCUCAUAAGGUAUCUGGAGAUGGGGCACGUGUGCGUUCUGAAAAGCCAAGGCAGCUCCACCCUCGUAGUCGGCUGCCGAGCGCCGCGCUGGGGCAACGGCGGCAGAGCCGGCGCUGCCCGCGAAGCAGGCAGACGAGCAAGGCGGGCCUGCUGAGUGGGGACUGCCGAGGCCAGCGCUGACAGAGCUGGGGCCCCCGCACGGGCAGCCGUCCAUGUGGCUGUAGGCGUGCAGCAAUCUGUCGCCGACCAGAUGCUACCGUGACCACGAUGAGAAUGCUUUCGGCCAGUCUUGGCUUUUCCGCGCGCUGGGGAGCCAGGUGGAGGCGUUGCCAGAGGAAGAGAGAGGAAGUGAGCUUGAGGAGGCGGGAGGAAGCAAGAAUGUCAGGCGUUCUGAACUGUUUGUUCGCCCUGGCGCGAGUCGCCCUUCCCCUGCCCGAGCGCUGGGUCAGAGGCAUUCUGUGAGCAUCUGGCAUGCUGCUAGCAUUCCGUGCCGUCUGUGAUGGACAGCCAGUUGGGCCUGCGAAGGCUUGAGCCGUCAAGGCUUGGACGGGAGUGGAGGUAUGGAGGUCGGGCACGGUUUGCGUGGAGGUGGGUUGCGCGAGCGAGUUGGGGUUGCGCGAGCGCCCAAGAGAUCCUGGCCUGCGCGAGCAAGACUCGUGGCGCCUGCGCUUGGCGGGUAUCGGCGGCCAGCAGAGUCUGGCGAAUUUAAAGUUACAGGUAGACACGCGGCAGCAUCACACCGAGGUCUCGCUGGAGCCCGCAUCCGCAACCCAGUUUUGCAGCCGUGCGUCAAGCGUUUCAAGUGCGACAAACGCCAUCCGGCGUGAAGUGCACGACCACGCCUCCAUGCUGCAGGGCAUGACCGAUAGGCGUUACCCUACCUGCAUAAAAAAGCGCCUACACAUUUAGAUUCACCAUCUGGUGUCUUAUUCUAUAUUAGAUUCCUCAGUGUCUUACAUUAUAGAUUAGCGCGCAGUUGUGCACCAUUGCUUUCACAUGCUCAAAAUUCGCCAUAAUUAUCGCUGCUAUCGCUUUGCCUGUUGUACCUUAGCCAGCCUACUUCUGCUCUGACAUUCUCCAGGCACGUAUAACGACCGGACGGCGGUCGAGGGAAUGUUGACGCUUCGCGCAUCUUCGGCGCCCCGCCCAGACGCGAUCCCCAACCCGUUGUUCUGGCCUCAGGAGGCCCGCGGGUUGCAUCCGGAGGCGAACAAAAACAUCCAAAACGCUCCCCACGGGCGUGCAAGAAGGCAGGUUUUGGGCAGGCGCCUCCGGACCUGGGGCCGUCUCCGCCCCGACUGCCGCCCCCAUCCCUCCCUCCUCCAUCCCUCUGCCCUCCGCCGCACUCCUCCCCAAGUCCUCCCAAUCAGCCCCACUCUGUCACUCCGCACUGCGCUGGCCUCCCGACC